AUGGCGGAUCCGGAUCUAGAAGAACAAGAAAAGGCGAGAAGAAUCGCCGAAGAGGACCUGCAGGGUCAUCAUAAGCAAACUUACAGCGGGUUCCUCCUCCUCUGGCUUAGCUUUCAAGCUACUGGAAUCAUCUACGGUGAUAUUGGAACGUCCCCUCUUUAUGUCUUCUCGUCGACUUUUUCCAGCCAGCCCUCGUGGGAUGAUCUAGUCGGGGCCUUGUCUAUCAUCAUCUGGUCCCUGACUGUGAUCGUCACGGUCAAGUAUUGCUUCAUCGUCUUAAGCGCCGACGACGACGGCCAAGGAGGUACCUUUGCAUUAUACAGUCUCCUGGCGAGGUACACUAACAUCGCGCGAAACCAUGAUCCCAGAGAGGCCGCCAUGAUACCCAUGGAGAGAUAUCACACCAACGAUCUCAAGUCUGGUGGUAAGAGCCUCCGUAGCUUUCUCGAGAGCUCCAAGUUCUGCCAGGUUAUGCUACAACUUGUCGGUGUGCUGGGAGUAUCCAUGGUCAUGGCCGACGGUGUCCUGACGCCUGCACAAUCUGUCCUCGGCGCCAUUCAGGGUCUUGAGGUUGUCAAACCCGACUUGUCCGUGUCAGCCAUUGUCGGCAUCACUUGUGCCAUCUUGGUUCUACUCUUCCUUAUCCAGCCAUUUGGGACCACCAAGAUCGGAACCAGCUUCGCGCCCAUCGUGACCAUUUGGCUCCUCCUCAACAUGGUUGCUGGCAUCUACAAUCUUGCCAAACAUGACUACACAGUUCUCAAGGCCUUCAGUCCCUCUUACGCCUUUACUUAUCUUGUCCGCAAUGGACAGGACGGAUGGGCCUCUCUGGGUGGCUUGCUCCUUGCCUUUACCGGUGUGGAGGCACUCUUUGCCGACUUGGGCGCUUUCAGCAAGCGUGCCGUGCAAAUCUCGUGGCUGGGACUGACCUACCCGUGCUUGCUCCUCGCGUACAUUGGCCAGGCCGCGUACAUCUCAACCGACGAGACACAAACCGCUUAUACGAACCCUUUCUUCAACACUCUGCCACCUGGAACCUUCUACUUUGGUUUGGUCAUGGCUAUUUUGGCGGCGAUUGUCGCCUCGCAGGCCAUGAUCACAUCGACUUUUCAGCUGCUGACGCAGAUUAUGCGGCUUUCAUAUUUUCCGCAUAUCAAGGUCAUUCAUACAAGCAGACAGUUCUCCGAGCAGGUAUAUAUACCACUGGCGAAUUGGCUUCUUAUGAUUGGCACUGUCAUUGUCACUGCCGUGUACAGCAACACCACAUCCCUAGGUAACGCUUAUGGUGUCUGUGUUAUGGCUGUUACAUUCAUCACAACAUGUAUGGUCGCUCUCGUUGCGAUCCUCGUCUGGAGACUGCCUUUCUAUAUUGUUAUACCGUUCUGGUUGAUCUUUGCUGCACUCGACGGCGCAUACCUCUCAUCCGUCCUGCAAAAGGUCCCGCGAGGCGCCUGGUUUACCAUUGUACUGGCUGCCCUUCUUUGCUCCAUCUUCACUAUCUGGCGGUUCGGGAAGGAGGCUCAAUGGAAGGCCGAGUCACUGGAUCAGCUCCCGCUUGCAGCUCUUGUCAAGUCAGAUCCGGCCACCUCAGAGUCAUCUCUCGUCUUGAAUGAGACGUUUGGUGGCGUGCCCGUCUCAACCGUGCCUGGCGUGGGCAUCUUCUUCGACAAGGCGGGCGACCCCAUGCACCUGCCCGCAUGCUUUACGCACUUUGUCAUCAAGUUCGCUGCCCGGCCAUCAAUCAUCAUCUUCUUCCACAUGCGGCCUCUCACUGUGCCUUCGGUGCCCCUGGAAGAACGGUACGUUAUAACACACACCUACGGCCUCGUCAACUGUUACAACGUCACUCUCCGGCACGGGUACAUGGAUGACGUACUGCGCCCAGGUUUAGCGCGCGAAUUGGUAGGACAAAUUGAGCUGACGGUCUCCCGCGGUCGUCGCCCCGAUGUGGCAGAGCUUGAGGCGCUGCGGGCCGCGUAUGGAUCCCAGAUAGUGUACAUCCUCGGAAAGGAGGCGAUGAAAGUGAAGACGGGGGUUUCCAUGACUAGCCGCGUGGCUGGAUUCUUCAGGGGCUUUGUGCUGUGGAUAUUUUUGUGGAUGCGGGAGAACUCACGCACAAAGUUGGCGGACCUUAACAUUGAUGCUGAUAAGCUUAUUGAGGUGGGUUUCUUGAAGGAGAUCUGA